GUUAGAUUCGCUUGGUAGCUAGUCAGUAAGCUAACAUGUGAGCAGUUAUGUCUGUAGGAAUGACAGGUACGUCACUUUACACAUGACAAUAAAUAAUUAGCCUUCCCUGGAAAGAAAUAUUUGUAAUGUUAACACUAUUUACAUAAGGUAUUAACAUUUCCGUGUUUUACAAACAGGCUAACAUUGAAGUUAAAGUUUAGCAUGUCCUCUGACAGCCUCUGUCAGCACUACAAGCUUCAGUAAGUUAACACUGGACAUCAACAAGACAGCAUAUUCGAUACAUAAUGUCUGCGUGUAAGAGGCUGCUUUACUUUGUAAAGCACCGGAGCUUAUGGACGCACGUUCGGAGGAAUGUCACAACAUGGUCUCCUGUUGGAGCUGCCUUCAAUGCCAGACCUCACAGGAGACUGAACGUCUUCGAGAAAAACGUGGGUUUGUUUGGGGUGCCAGAGCUGAGCUGUCCUGCAGGUUUCCAGGUGGUCACAGAUGCAGCUCUGAAGAACACAGAGCGUCUGGUGGAAACAGCUUGUUCUUGUCCUCCGGGGGUUGAGACAGUAGAGACUUUUGACCAGCUCUCAGAUGGUUUGUGUAAAGUGGCUGAUCUGGCAGAUUUUGUUAAAGUAGCACAUCCAGAUCCAGCAUUUCGCGAGGCUGCAGAGAAGACGUGCAUAGAGAUUGGCACAGUUGUGGAGAAGCUAAACACUAAUGUUGAACUAUGCAAGAGCCUAAAAAUAUUGCUUGACAACCCGGACGUUGUGGCUCAGCUGGACCCUGAUACAAGACGAGUGGCAGAGUUGUUCAUGUUCGACUUUGAAAUCAGUGGAAUUCAUCUCGAUGACAAACUGAGGAAGGAGGCAGUCGCCCUUCACGUGAAGCUGUUGGAUCUAAACAACGAGUUCCUGGUUGGCUCUCACCUGCCUAACAGAAUUGCGAGGUCUGCCAUUCCUGAGCAUCUACACGUACACUUUGCAAGUGAAGGAAGCUUCAUACAAGUUGGGGGAUUACAUGCAGACUCCCCUGAUGAUUUGGUGCGAGAAAUUGCCUACAGAGUUUACCUUUACCCAAAUUCAGAUAUAAUGGAGUGUCUGGAAGAGCUGCUGAAAUGCAGAUUCAAACUGGCCAAACUGGUAGGCUACGACUCCUACGGACACAGAGCCCUGAAGGGAACAAUGGCCAAAACACCAGAGACGGUGAUGAGCUUUCUUCAGCUGCUAACAGACAAACUGUCCGACAGAACAGCCAAAGACUUUACGAUGAUGAGGAACAUGAGGAAAAAACUCAACCCGCGUAAUUCUGAGCUCAUGCCAUGGGAUCAUCCGUACCUCAGUGGUGUCCUGCGUGCUGAAAGGUACAACAUCGAGCCCAGUCUGUACAGUCCAUAUUUGUCUCUGGGCGCCUGUAUGGAGGGUUUGAACAACUUGUUCUCUCAGCUAUACGGUGUGUGUCUCAUGUCCGAACACCCCAGUGCUGGAGAGGUGUGGAGCGAGGAUGUCCGCAAACUGGCUGUGGUACAUGAGACGGAGGGAUUACUGGGAUAUAUCUACUGUGACUUUUUCCACCGACAGGAUAAACCUCAUCAGGACUGUCACUUCACCAUCCGUGGUGGCCGCUGGUGCCAGGAAACGGGUCAGUACCAGCUUCCUGUUGUGGUGCUGAUGCUGAGUCUGCCCCACCCGACCAAGAACGCCCCCACCCUGCUGACGCCGGGCAUGAUGGAGAACCUCUUCCAUGAGAUGGGACAUGCCAUGCACUCUAUGUUAGGACGUACUCGCUACCAGCAUGUGACAGGAACCAGAUGUGCGACUGACUUCGCUGAAGUCCCGUCCAUCCUCAUGGAGUACUUUGCCACGGAUUAUAGAGUCAUCAGCCAGUUUGCACGCCAUUAUGAAACAGGACAGCCUCUGCCUGAGAGUAUGGUGUCCCGCCUGUCUGAGUCGAAGAAGGUGUGUGGAGCAGCAGACACCCAGCUGCAGAUCUUCUACGCUGUCUUGGACCAGAUCUACCACAGCAAACCUCAGAACCGCUCCACCACAGACAUCCUGAAGGAAAUGCAGCAGAAAUACUACGGCUUGCCUUACACGCCCAACACGGCAUGGCAGCUGAGAUUCGGCCACCUGAUUGGCUACGGGGCCAAAUACUACUCCUACCUCAUGUCCCGGGCUGUGGCCUCCAUGGUGUGGAAACAGUGCUUCGUUCAGGAUCCUUUAAACAGGGACAUGGGUGAGCGUUACCGUCGGGAGAUGCUGGCCCACGGAGGAGCCAAGGAGCCCAUGCUCAUGGUGGAAGGGAUGCUGCAGAGACGGCCAACCAUAGAGGACUUUGUUGAUGCGCUCGUGUCAGAGCUCAACCCAAAUUUUGAGACCUUCAUCAUGGACUCUGAAAGCUGAAAGAUGCCUGUGGCACCAUGGAAACAGACUUGAACCCGCACAAGGCAACGAGACAAUACACUAAUGAUGCAUGGGCCAAGAGGUGAAAGACGUGGCAUCAGGGUGCACGCUCUUACUAAGUAUCUUUACUUUUUCUAGAAAUGAUAUAUUGCUGGUUGCUCUUGAAGUUACAUUGACUUAUUUUUUUAUAUAUUUGGCUAAUUCUGCUGUAAUUUAAGGAUAAAAUGGAAAGAAAAGAAGACUUUCCACCAGCUGCUAAAAGCUCCUGAUUAUCUCUGAAUAUUGAUUUUUCCAGAUUAUGGUGAAUUUUGUCCCAUUCAUAGACACUUUCCCAAUGCUCUAGAUUCCCGUUGUGUCAUCAUUAAUGGUAUUCUAACAGGUUAAACAGAUACUUGAGCCGUGCAAGAUACCGUUGGUUCAACAUCAUAAAACAAUUUUGAGUUUAUACGUAUGCUUUUUCACCUUUUUUGUUGCACUGAUUGUUGUUAAAAAAACAGAAAAUGUCCUCUGUAAUGUAACAUACUCAUAUAAAUGUCACCAAGUUCCUAUUUA